CCGGGGGCUGGCAUGGGCGCGUGCUAGGGGCCGCGGAGCGCGCGAGGGGCCGCGGCCACCAUGGCCCGGGGCGCGGGCGCCGUCCGGCUCUGCCUGCUGGCGCUCGCCCUGCCCGGGUGGACCACAAGAGGAAAUGGGGAAGGCAGCCCCCUGCUCCAGCAUGAACGAAUAAUACCUCAGUGGAAGACGGCAGAAAGCCCCACGAAAGAAAAGCAUCCACUCAAAGCUGAACUCAGGAUAACAGCCGAGGGGCAAGAGCUGAUCCUGGACUUGGAAAAGAAUGAGCACCUUUUUGCUCCAGCCUACACAGAAACCCAUUAUACUCCACAUGGCAACCCUCAAACCACUAUGCUGAAAUCUGAGGAACACUGCUUUUAUCACGGGACGGUGAGGAAGGCAGAACAGUCCAGUGUGGCGCUCAGCACCUGCCGGGGAAUGAGAGGACUGAUUACGGUGAGCAGUAACCUCAGCUACAUCAUCGAGCCCCUCCCCGACAGCGAGGGCCACCACCUUAUUUACAGAUCUGAACAUCUCAAGCUGCCCCUGGGGAACUGUGGGUUCAAGUACUCCAAGUCCAUCACUGGGGACAGGGUCCUUCCUUCUAUGAACCAGACCAAGAAACGACCUCGCAGGAUGAAAAGGGAAGAUUUACACUCCAUGAAGUAUGUGGAGCUUUACCUCGUGGCUGAUUAUGCAGAGUUUCAGAAGAAUCGGCGAGACCAGGACGCCACCAAACACAAGCUCAUGGAGAUCGCCAAUUACGUUGAUAAGUUUUACCGAUCCUUGAACAUCCGGAUUGCCCUCGUGGGCUUGGAAGUAUGGACUCACGGGAAUAUGUGUGAAGUUUCCGAGAACCCCUACUCUACUCUAUGGUCAUUUCUCAGUUGGAGGCGCAAGCUGCUCACCCAGAAGAACCAUGACAACGCACAGUUAAUCACGGGCAUGUCUUUCCAUGGCACCACCAUCGGGCUGGCCCCCCUCAUGGCCAUGUGCUCCGUGUACCAGUCUGGAGGAGUCAACAUGGACCACUCUGAGAAUGCCAUUGGUGUGGCUGCCACCAUGGCCCAUGAGAUGGGCCACAACUUCGGCAUGAGCCACGAUUCUGCAGAAUGCUGCUCAGCCAGCGCAGCUGAUGGCGGGUGCAUCAUGGCAGCUGCCACUGGGCAUCCCUUUCCAAGAGUGUUCAAUGGAUGCAACAGGAAGGAGCUGGACAGGUAUCUGCAGUCAGGCGGUGGGAUGUGUCUCUCCAACAUGCCAGACACCAGGACGCUGUAUGGAGGCCGGAGGUGUGGAAACGGUUACCUGGAAGAUGGGGAAGAAUGUGACUGUGGGGAGGAAGAGGAAUGUAAUAACCCGUGCUGCAAUGCCUCCAACUGCACCCUGAGAGAAGGGGCGGAAUGUGCCCAUGGAGCCUGCUGUCACCAGUGUAAGCUGCUGGCCCCUGGGACCCUGUGCCGUGAGCAGGCACGGCAGUGUGACCUCCCAGAAUUCUGCACGGGCAAGUCUCCCCAUUGCCCCACCAACUUCUACCAGAUGGACGGCACCCCCUGUGAGGGUGGCCAGGCCUACUGCUACAAUGGCAUGUGCCUCACCUACCAGGAACAGUGCCAGCAGCUCUGGGGUCCUGGAGCCCGGCCUGCUCCUGAUCUCUGCUUUGAGAAGGUGAAUGUGGCCGGGGAUACCUUUGGAAACUGUGGGAAAGACAUGAAUGGGGAACACAAGAAAUGCAACAUGAGAGAUGCCAAGUGUGGGAAGAUCCAGUGUCAGAGUUCUGAGGCCCGGCCCCUGGAAUCCAACGCAGUGCCCAUUGACACCACCAUCAUCUUGAAUGGAAGGCAGAUCCGAUGCCGAGGUACCCAUGUCUACCGUGGUCCCGAGGAAGAGGGUGACAUGCUGGACCCAGGCCUGGUGAUGACCGGGACCAAGUGUGGCUACAACCACAUUUGCUUCGAGGGGCAGUGCAGGAACACCUCGUUCUUCGAAACAGAAGGCUGUGGGAAGAAGUGCAAUGGCCAUGGGGUCUGCAACAACAACCAGAACUGCCACUGCUUCCAGGGCUGGGCCCCGCCCUUCUGCAACACGCCCGGCCAGGGGGGCAGCAUCGACAGUGGACCCAUGCCCUCCGACAGUGUUGGUCCUAUGAUAGCUGGAGUGUUCACGGCCGUAUUUGUGCUGGCAGUCCUUAUGCUGAUAUACUGCUGCUGUAAACAGAACAACAAACUGGGCCAACUCAAGCCCUUGGCGCUCCCUUCCAAACUGAGGCAACAGUUCAGCUGUCCCUUCAGGGUGUCUCAGAACAGUGGAACUGGCCACGCCAACCCAACGUUUAAGUUGCAGACGCCCCAGGGCAAGCGAAAGGUGACCAACACCCCCGAAACCCCGCGGAAGCCCUCCCAGCCUCCUCCUCGGCCCCCUCCAGACUAUCUGCACGGCGGGUCGCCACCUGCACCACUGCCAGCGCACCUCAGCAGAGCUGCUAGGAACUCCCCAGGGGCAGGGCCCCAAGUAGAGAGGAGGGAGUCAUCCAGGAGGCCGCCUCCCAGCCGGCCAGUGCCCCCUGCACCAAACUGCAUCCUCUCCCAGGAUUUCUCCAGGCCACGGCCACCGCAGAAAGCACUCCCCGCUAACCCGGUGCCAGGCCGCAAGAGCCUCCCCAGGCCAGGUGGCACCUCCAUCCUGCAGCCCACCGCCACCACUCCUCUGCAGCCCCGGCCUCUGGCAGCACCUGUCCCAAAGUUUCCUGAAUACAGACCACAGAGGGCUGGGGGGAUGAUUGGCUCGAAGAUAUAGACCCCUCUAAAGGAGCUUCUGCCCUUCCUUGAGGACUCUGAAACCCCCAGAGGAUCCGUGGCCAUGGAAUCCAGAACAAGCAUGUUUGGCCACCUCCAAGUCCUUCCUCCCUGCUUUCCCUCCUCCCAGAACGACCACAUCUCUGAAAAUCUCCAUCUUGACUCAGUGCCUCCUUGGCUUCCCUGGAGGCCCAGAGAGACUACUACCCAAUGGCAUCAUAGUGUUUUGUGCAAUAUACUGCCCCGGGGAAGGGAGGGGAGAGCACGGAAGAGAAUGAAUGGCAGCUUCUCCUCCAACCUCCCUUCGGCUGGCCUGUCACCUCCCAGGUGUCAGUGGGGAUGGUCUGGGCUGUCAAAGCUGGUAAACCCAACUGGGAAAGGUCCUACUCAGCCCUUCAGCCCAGGACUUAGCUUGGAGAAGCAUCCAUUCAUGUCCUCUGGUGGAGGGUAUGCAUGAGAGCUUGCCAUUGCCUCUGUCUUCCUCGAAGGUCCCAAGCUAGACAGAGGGUGGACACUUACUCAUCCUUUUUAGCUCUGUGAUUGAGAGGGGUCAAACCAGCCUCCACGGUGGCCCUGCCCGGGGCUCAGUUGACUUUACCACUCCUGGCUCUGUGGCCACAUGUGAACAAAAGAAGUCCCCUCCCCUUCCCUCCCCCCAAGCCCCCACCUCCCCUGAUUCACACGGGUCCCCCUGACUCUGACAGGUACUAUUUGUGGGCAGUAUAGACAGCAGAGGGAGCACCAGGCUUGGGCCUCCUCUGAGCCAAUGCCAAAGGUUGCGGCUCUCAAUGGAAUCAUUCUCGGUUGCCUAUUGUUUUCUUCUCUUUCCAAGUGUGCUCGGCACUUCUGGUUUCUCCUUCAGAAAUUUCUUCUUCCCCGCUCAGACCUACCUAAUGUGUGGUGCUGCAAUGAGUAGGUCUUCAGCGGUCCCAGCCUCCUGGAGUCCUGGUGCUUGUGACGUACAUGUGAGGAUCCUGCUUCAAGGAUUGGCCACUGGGUAUCCCAUGUGGUUCUCAAGAGCAUCCACUGGCCAUGGCUGGGGGUCGAAGCUUUAUUUGCCAUUGUGUUUUGUGACCUCCGUAGAGUGACGGUCUUACCCCCUACUCCCUGAUGGAAAUCUAAGUAAGGUCCUCAGGGGUGGCAGCAAAGAGGGCAGAACCCCAGCCUGUUCCUAGGUCUGGUCACUGAUUUGAGGCACGAUCGUUGCCUUCUGAGCAGGGAGCUGACCUGUCUCUAGAGAUCUGUAGAGAAGCAGCAGUCAAUAGUCUUGAGGGAACAGUCUGAGCUGGGGCCACCAGGCUCUUUAUCAUCCACUUCCUUGUGUUCUUUCUUCUGGUCACUGCCCUCAUCUGACCUUUACAGAAAGAACUUGGAGCAGCUGGGGAAAUGCCACUCCAGUGGGUAUUACCACCUGGUAAUAGAGUUUUUUGGUUUCAUAUGAAGGCUAUGGAGCAGGGAAGAAAGGCUAUGUGGUGCUCUGCUCAAUUGGACAACUUGUCACUGGAGAUGUUCUCUGGUGAUGGUCUCUCACCCCCAGAAGGGUGCUGUGCUGUCUCCACCUCCUAUAGUGAGCUGUUGUUCACUCUUGAAAACCUCAAGGAAGAAGCUUGAGCUCUCACUCCCAACCACCAACCCAGGGCCCCCUUACAGUUCUCUGCACACAACGGGUGCUCAAUAGAUGUUCUCGGGUUUUAGACUAGUAGGAGAUUUAGGAUAUGCCUCCAGGGACACACAUGGGGUGGAUUUAGAAAGAUCUCAGGAAAAUGAGGCUCUUUUCCCUCAGGUAGUCUGAUAAUCCUGCCUCUGUCUGCCAGACAUGGGCCCUGGUUGAUCCCCAUAACCAGUUUCCACCUUCCUUGCUACCUGAUUAGGUCAGGGGACAGCCUUCCAUAUAAUUGUGCUACUCCAAACGCCCCAGGCCUUAAGGUCGGGUUCCAGAAAAGUAAAGGUGAAAACACUCUAGGAAAAAACAAAUCACUCUUAUGCCCACAUGCAUGCCUCACAGACGUUCCUGUGGUAUGUCCCAUACAUCAGGAGGUGGAAGGCUCAGAAGUGAAAAUGCCGCAGCCCUUCUGGCUGCAGGAGCCUUUUGAACUUGAAAUCCACCCUCCCCACACCCAUGCCAGAAAAAGCCCUGGGUUAUAUUUCCUUGUUUUUUUGUUUUUAUUUUAUGUUAUUUUAAUAGCCCCUCCAUCCCAUAAAAUUGUACUGUGAACUGGAAGAAGGUUGAAUUUUUAAAAUCUGAUGGAGACUUUUGGCAGCCGGUUCUAUUUAUGGUCUCACUUCUGGCUGCGCUCAGGGACCAGGAGUCGCCAUAUCGGCAGGCCGGAGAGGCUGCCCGGGAGCAGGAGCGACCACCAAGCACUCCCCUUUUCUCUCCUGUGCCCAAGUGCUGCUUGAGGUGACAAAUAAAAGCAAAUACGGCCUUAAGAGGGACUUUAUUAGAAAGGAUUACUGCAAGGUGGCGGAAAGGGAAUUUGUAGUUAGGGCAGGGGCUCUAGGCAGAAGGCUCAGGUGAGCUCCCACAAGAUCUGCGAGCAUCUCAAAGCUCAGAAAGGAGAGGCCUUUCCUUUAACAGUUGGAGCAAACCUAGCCAGAGAGAACCGCACCUGGGGUGUCCUUGAGCUCAGCCUCCCUGGAAAGGGGCUGCUGCAGUGGGGUCCUGUGCAGACUCAGGCUGAGUGGGGGGCCAAGUUCAGAAUUGGGUGGGGAGGAGAUGAGCCUGGCUAGAGCUGGGUGGAGGGAACCAGCACUUUGUUCAGAUGGACAAAGGAGCUAGCACCUCCAUCCCCCUGUCUCAGAAUUUUAUCCCCAGUACCUGGCUCCAGGUUGUGACUACCUGCCUGCCAUGAGGUCCUUUUAGCCUUGCUUACUUCUCCCUUUAAAGACCCUUUUCUGCCCCAGCUCUGAGAUGCUUGCAGAUCUUACGGGAUUGUGGGAGCCCCUGCUGCAUACUGCAGUAGCCCCUUGCUAUCUCUUGCAAUAGUCCUUUUGAAUAAAACCUUCCCUUACCUAUGUCCAAAUUUGUUCUUAUUUGGCCAAGGUUAUGGAAGACUCGCAUAUUUUAAAUUGGGGACCAGUUCUAAAGUUAUGAUUGUGUUGAAUAUGUGUAUAACAGCUCUGCUGAACACCCAAGGGAAUGCCAACUGGAAAGGUGCCCCAUCCUUAGGGAAGCUUGCUAAGAGGGGUUCUGCAGAAUCCAAGCCAGUGUCCCCAAAGUCACCCUUCUGUGCAUCCUCUCACACCAUCCACUGUGUGUACGUACGUGUCUGGGAUCUAGGGCAAUGUGAAUUUUCUUUUUCUUUGGAGAUUGUUCACGGAAAACAGAUCCUCUUCUCUCUUGUCCACCUAUUAAUUGUUUACAAUAUUUGUACAUCUAUGCAAAAUACUUGAAUGGGCCAUGGUGCCUUUUUUCCUUGUUUGUAUUUAAUUAAAAUAAAUUGUCAUUUGAAAUGUC